AACUAUCGAAUAUAUAAAUUCAUUGUAGAUCUAAGCCAAGCUGCAUUGAGACUGGAUCUUUCGGUAUCCAAAACAGGUCACAGGAAUGCAGCUUGUCUUUGCCUCUUUCGGAUCUGCUAACAUUGGAGUCUCCAAAUAGGUUGACAUUUUUGUUAAACCCUUUAUUGUUCUUCCUGAGAGGCUCCCCAGAGCUAAAUUUCAGGUGUUGCCAAAAUCAGGAGCAGAGUCACUGAGAAAUGAAAUUUUACUAGCGAGUGUGGGCCGUUGCUAAGUAUGGAAAGUCCAAGAAACAAGAAGAGAGGAUACGAACAUGGGGCUGGUGUUUUGGAAGAUGACGCGAUCAUUGUCGGUGAAUCGAAGAAGCGGAAAUUACCCACUUUGGGAAGCAUUGUCGUGGAAGCCUUGAAGGUGGACAGUUUGCAAAGGUUUUGCUCAUCGCUGGAGCCUCUACUGCGAAGAAUUGUGAGCGAAGAAGUAGAGAGGGCAUUGACGAGGUUAGGCCAUGCUAGGCUGGCUGAAAGGUCAGCCCCACCUAGAAUACAAAAUCCAGAAGUGAAAGGUAUGCAGCUUCAAUUUAAGACCAGAAUGCCGCCCCACCUAUUCACUGGUGGGAGGAUCGAGGGCGAACAGGGUGCAGCUAUUCAUGUCGUGUUGAUAGACCGAGCCACUGGCCUUGUGGUGCAAGAGGGGUCUUCAUCGAAUGCCAAGCUAAAUGUCGUGGUGCUCGAAGGAGACUUCAAUGACGAACCUGAAGGUGAUUGGAGCGAGGAGCACUUUGAGAGUCUCGAAGUGAAGGAGCGGGAGGGCAAAAGGCCGCUUCUCAUGGGGGAUCUCCAGGUUAUACUGAAGGAAGGGGUUGGAACUCUUGGGGAACUUAGUUUCACUGAUAAUUCCAGCUGGACAAGGAGCAGAAAGUUCAGGCUCGGUGUGAAGGUUGCUGCCGGAUCUUGUGAAGGGGUCCGUGUUCAUGAGGCUAAAACCGAGGCAUUUGCUGUUAAAGAUCAUAGGGGAGAAUUGUAUAAAAAACAUUACCCACCCGCUUUGCAUGACGAGGUGUGGAGAUUGGACAGAAUAGCAAAGGAUGGAGCUCUGCAUAAGAAGCUAAUUAAUGCUGAAAUCGUAACAGUCGAAGAUUUUCUACGGCUUCUUGUCGGGGACCCUCAGAAAUUAAGAAAAAUCCUAGGGAGCGGAAUGUCAAACAGAAUGUGGGAGAAUACAGUCGAGCAUGCGAAGACGUGCGUCAUGGGUGGGAAGGUGUACAUAUACUACACUGACGCGAAUCAUAAUACUGGCGUGGUCUUCAACGAUAUAUAUGAGCUCAGAGGCUUUCUUACUGAUGGGCAGUUCUUCUCUCUGGAAAAUCUGACCCACAAGCAAAAGAUCUCAGUAGAUUCCUUGGUGAAGAGAGCCUAUGAGAACUGGAACGAAGUUGUAGAAUAUGACAGCAAAGUUCUAAGCUCCAUCUCCGGUACAAGGAAAGGAACAACAUCCUCAGUUUUCCCGGAGGCUGUAACCGAGAAUGCUAGUGUGCGAGAUCAGCACUACACAUCGACUACACAAUACUCGCAGCAACACACAUCACGAUGUGAACAAAGAGACCCGCAGUGCCAAGUUCAGAAUAUCUGCCCACCGGUUUCUCCGCUCAUGGAACUUCCAGUUGUUAGACUUCAUCAAACUGCAACUCAAGUUCUAGAUGCUCCACAAGUAGCAUUUCCCAGUGUUGGUACAGAUUUCUUGUCCGCCGCAACUCCGGGGAUUGGGGGGACUAAUUAUUCCGGAGACUUGUUUGCGGAGGAAAUUCGGCUCAGGAGCACAGAGAUGCUGCAGGGUGAUGAUAUGCAGAGACUGCUGAGGUCAUUCGGUACAGGACCCAGCUUCCACUAUUCGAAUAAGGAUAGUUUCACUUAUCCGUAUGACAGUAGGACGGAUUGCCAGCUCCGGCAGACAUGCAGCCAGCGCACGGGCAAGGCCGUCGUCGGCUGGCUUAAGCUGAAGGCUGCAUUGAGAUGGGGCAUAUUCAUUAGGAAGAAAGCUGCAGAGAGAAGAGCUCAGCUUGUAGAGCUUGAUGACUCCUAGACCCUCUUUCUUUGUUUCUGUCUUUUUCUUUCUCUGCCUCUCCCCGUUACCCUCUGUUGGAUACUCGAGCACUUUUAAAAUGGCGAUAUCUUUGGUUGACAUUAUAAUGGCGAUAUCUUAGCAUAAUAAA